ACUUAUGUCACACCCUCCACAUUCAUUCACUCACUCUCCCACUCUUCACACAAGCCACCCUUUGUUGCUCCAAUGGCACCUAUAGAUCUCACAACCAUGUUGUUGCCACUCUUUGUUGUGGUUCUUGCCUUGUGGAAUGGUGUUCAUGCUGCACCACAAGUUCCAUGCUAUUUCAUUUUUGGUGAUUCUUUGGUUGAUAAUGGUAACAACAACCAGCUUCAGUCUUUGGCCAGAGCUGACUACCUUCCUUAUGGGAUUGACUUUCCUAGUGGACCUUCUGGAAGGUUUUCCAAUGGCAAAACCACUGUUGAUGCAAUUGCUGAACUUUUGGGAUUCGAUGAUUUCAUUCCUCCAUAUGUUGAUGCCAGUGGAGAUGAUAUACUCAAAGGAGUCAAUUAUGCAUCUGCUGCUGCUGGAAUUAGAGAAGAAACUGGCCGGCAACUGGGAGCGCGCAUUAGUUUUAGUGGGCAGGUGCAAAAUUACCAAAGCACAGUGUCCCAAGUGGUAAAUUUACUAGGGAAUGAGGACUCAGCUGCAAAUUACUUGAGCAAGUGCAUUUAUUCAAUUGGGUUGGGUAGCAAUGACUACCUCAACAACUAUUUCAUGCCUCAAUUCUAUACCAGCAGCAGGCAGUACACACCUGAUCAGUAUGCUGAUGUUCUCAUUGAAGCAUACACUGAUCAAAUAAAAACUUUGUAUAACUAUGGAGCAAGGAAAAUGGUGCUGUUUGGAAUUGGUCAAAUAGGUUGCAGCCCAAAUGAAUUGGCCCGAAACAGCCCUGAUGGCAAAACAUGUGUGGAUAGAAUCAACGCUGCAAAUCAAAUAUUUAACAGCAAAUUGAAAACUCUCACUGAUCAAUUCAACAACCAAAUGCCUGAUGCAAGAGUCAUCUACAUAAACUCUUAUGGUAUCUUUCAAGACAUUAUAAGCAACCCAGCAGCCUAUGGUUUCAGUGUUACAAAUGCUGGUUGCUGUGGAGUAGGAAGAAACAAUGGUCAAAUAACAUGUCUUCCAAUGCAAACUCCAUGCGAAAACAGAAGAGAGUACUUGUUUUGGGAUGCAUUUCAUCCUACUGAGGCUGGCAACCUUGUUGUGGCACAGAGGGCCUACAGUGCUCAAUCUGCAUCGGAUGCUUACCCUUUUGAUAUCCGCACCUUAGCUCAGAUCUGAUCUAUGAACAUGGUCUAGUGGGGUAGUAGUGGCUAUAAGCUGUGCCACAAACAACCACAAUUAAUGUUCUUGGAAUGUGUUGUUUCUUUUAAGACAUAAGAGUCUUGAGGUUUCUAUCUUUUUCUUGCAUAUCAUAUAUGCUAAAUGUUGCAUGGCUUCCCAAGUACAGGUGUAAUUUGUGGUAAAGUUUUGGAAGAUUGCUUAUUUAUAGUGAAUAAUUAAUGUGUUGUUCGUUCGUC